UAUUUAUAGCAGAAGCAAAGAAUCACACCCAGAAAAAAUCAACACCAAAUGGGUCUCACCCGACGACUUCUGCGCUCCAAGCAGUUUCAGAUCAAUAUGCAGCCUCUUCUACGGCCCCUUCAAACUCGCACAUAAUCCUAACCAACUAAUUAAACCAAUCCCACAUUUCCAUGCACGAUCCUUUCAUUUCUUCAACCUCUCUAGUCUCCCAUGGCCGCCCCAACAACACAAAAACCAAAGCCGCUUGUCUGCUUUUCUUUUGCGGCCUAUGCCAAGGCCCUCAUCGAUCACCUCAAGUCCUCCGGCAUCGCCGUCUUCGAUGGUCUCUCCGACGCCGAGUUCACCUCCAUAGAAGCCACCUUCGGCUUCUCCUUCCCGCCGGACCUUCGCCCCAUCCUCCAGGAAGGCCUACCGCUCGCCCCCGGCUUUCCCAACUGGCGCUCCUCCUCUCCCCAGCAGCUGCAAAUCCUCCUCAAGCUACCGACCCUAGGCCUCCUCAAACAAGUCUCCCAAAGAAAGUUCUGGUGCGAGUCUUGGGGUGGCGCUGAUCAGCCUGACGACAUCAAUGAAGCCUUGGCUCUGGCCAAGCGGUUCUUGGACAAAGCCCCGGUUCUUGUUCCCAUUUACAGGAACUUUUACAUUCCGUCCGAGCCUAACGUGGCUGGAAAUCCAGUGUUUUACGUUAAUGGCGGAGACGUUCGUUUGGUUAGCUUUGACGUUACUGGGUUCUUCCAAGAAGCUGAAUUCUUGAACAUUUCAAGGACGUCGAGGAUUAAGGCACCCGCCUGGGCGGCCACGUCGGCGAGGAGAAUUGACUUCUGGACGGACGUGGCGGCGCGUGGGGACUCGCGGUGGUGGAGUGGGGACGACUUGGGAAGUUGCUUGGAGGAGAUGUUUUGGAGGUUGAGGAAUGGAGGGUGGAAGGAAGAGGAGGUUAGGGAGAUGAUGAUGAUGGACGGUCGUGAUGAGAGGAAGUGUGUGGGGCCAGGUGUGGCGAAGCACGUGAGGGUGCUCUCCUUGGUUUUGUUACGUGCGGGAUGGACCAGGGAAGACGUGGUGUACUCGCUUGGUCUACAAGAUGAGAUUGAGAAUGGGCUUAUAGAGGGGAAAUCGUGACCUUAAUUCAAGUUCAAUCAAUAUCCGAACAUCGGUUUUAAGAUGGACGAUGAUCCUCCAAAAGCUCGAUCAGUUUUGAAGCAGUUGAUGCAGUUGCAGUCGCUUGAGGUGUGAAUGUGAUUGCUUGCCUUCGGCCCCGCUCAUUUUGAAGGUGCCACACAAUUUUGGUUUUGUGAUUCCUAUACCAGCUGGUAGCCAUCGAUAGAUAUUUUUUAUUAUUAUUAUUAUUAUUUUUUAAAGUUAAUUACUCAUCAUAUAAAUAUAUAAAUUGACAUUUGUUUU